ACACGCACAGAGCCGCGGCACAGAGCAGAGCGCACAACACUACUCGGCUUCUGCUGCUACAAAAAACAAAACCAAAAAAAAAACCCACGAACAACAAGCCGAACCCGUGGAAAUAUCGCUUUAAACUUGUGGAUUUUAAAACUAUGGGGCGGAUAUCUGUCUCGAGGAUCACUUAAACCCGGCUCCUCCUUGUGCUUGAGUGAAGGAUGUACCGUUCCACUUUGAGGACUUUUUCCAAUCGGACUAAACCUGUAUAGGAUUGUAUCUCCUCCUCCUCCUCCUCCUCCAGUCUCUCCUUUUACAAUCUGGAAUUCCUCAUUUUUCCAUUGAAGGGAUAUAAAAAGACUCCAUCCUGAUUCCGCUGGAUUAAAACCGCGUCUCUCCCUCCCCUCCCCCUCAAACCUCCCCUCCAGACGGCCUCAAAAUGGCUACCCAAACUUCAACGCCGUUCUGGAAAUUCCUUCUUCAAAUUCUGCCCCUUUUCCUAAUUUUUUCACCGCUUUCCCAGUCACAGCCUGCUAAUUUUAAGCGUUUUACCCCAUCCGAUCACGGACUGACGCAUUUGGCGAUUCACAACAAAACUGGAGAAGUGUACGUAGGAGCGGUGAAUUGGAUUUACAAACUGUCCAGUAAUUUAACAAAGCUACGAAGUCACAUGACCGGACCGGUGGUUGAUAGCGAAAAAUGCUACCCUCCGCCUAGCGUCCAGUCCUGCUCGCACGACCAAGCGGCAACUCCGAACGUCAACAAACUUCUCCUCAUCGACUACUUGCAAAACCGAUUAAUCGCCUGCGGAAGCACGUCUCAAGGAAUCUGCCAGUUUUUGAGACUCGACGAUUUGUUCAAACUGGGAGAACCGCACCACCGCAAGGAGCAUUACUUGUCCAGCGUUUCCGAAUCGGGAACCAUGUCCGGGGUGAUCAUUCCCUCCGCCAACAGCCCGACGAGCAAGCUGUUUAUCGGAACGCCUAUUGAUGGGAAGUCCGAGUACUUUCCGACGCUAUCCAGUCGCAAGCUGAUGGAAAACGAGGAGAACGCCGACAUGUUUAGCUUUGUUUACCAGGACGAGUUUGUGUCGUCGCAGCUCAAAAUUCCAUCCGAUACUUUGUCGAAAUUCCCAGCAUUCGAUAUCUAUUACGUGUACAGCUUUAGCAGCGAGCAGUUCGUUUACUAUCUCACUCUACAACUGGACACUCAGCUCACCUCUCCUGACGCCAGCGGAGAGCAGUUCUUCACGUCCAAAAUCGUGCGGCUAUGUGUUGAUGAUCCAAAGUUUUAUUCGUACGUGGAGUUUCCGAUCGGAUGUACCAAAGACGGGGUGGAGUAUAGGCUAGUGCAGGACGCGUACCUCACCAAACCCGGGAAGCAGCUGGCGACCUCACUGGGAAUCUCAGAAAACGAAGAUAUAUUGUUCACGAUUUUUUCUCAGGGUCAGAAAAACCGAGCCAAACCUCCCAAAGAAUCGGCUCUGUGCUUGUUUACGCUGCGGAAAAUCAAGGAGAAGAUAAAGGAGCGGAUUCAGUCGUGUUACAAAGGAGAGGGAAGACUGUCCCUGCCCUGGCUGCUCAACAAGGAACUGGCCUGCAUCAACUCGCCUCUUCAGAUCGACGAUAACUUCUGUGGACAGGACUUUAACCAGCCUCUAGGGGGCACCAGCACCAUCGAGGGCGUGCCUCUGUUUGUGGAGCGUGAGGAGGGUUUGGGCGCUGUGGCGGCGUACGACUACAGCGGCCACACGGUGGCGUUUGUGGGCACCAGGAGCGGGAAACUCUACAAGCUCUUGGUGAAUUCCAUCAGCCCAUCUCGUCCGGCUCUGGUCUACGAGAAAGUGACCGUGAGCGAAGGAGGAAGUGCUCUGCUCCGAGACAUGCUCUUCAGCCCCGACAAGCAGCACCUGUACACGCUAACCGACCGACAGGUGGAGCGCGUCCCGGUGGAGAGCUGUGAGCAGUACACCUCCUGCUCAGAGUGUUUGGGAUCCAGAGACCCUCACUGCGGCUGGUGUGUGCUGCAUAAUGUGUGUUCUCGUAGAGACCGCUGUGAACGAGCCUCAGAGCCACAGAGAUUCACCUCAGACCAGAAACAGUGUGUGGAGCUGAGUGUACAGCCCAACAACAUCUCUGUCACGAUGUCUCAAGUACAGUUGGUCCUGGAGGCACGUAACGUUCCAGACCUCUCAGCUGGAGUGAACUGCUCCUUCGAGGACUACACCGAGACCGAGGCCGAGAUCCAAGAUGGACUCAUCUACUGCCAGUCUCCAAGUGCCCGAGAGGUGCUGCCUAUAACCAGGAACAAAGGAGACAAACGAGUGGUGAAGCUUUACCUCAAAUCCAAAGAGACCGGGAAGAAAUUUGCCAGUGUGGACUUUGUCUUCUACAACUGCACCGUGCACCAGUCCUGCCUGUCGUGUGUCAACGGCUCGUUCCCCUGUCACUGGUGUAAAUACAGACACAUGUGCACGCAGAACGCUCUGGACUGCUCUUUUCAGGAGGGACGAGUUAAAAUGUCUCAGGACUGCCCUCAGCUCCUGCCCUCCUCUCAGAUCUACAUUCCUGUGGGAGUGACCAAACCCAUCACCCUCUCAGCAAAGAACCUGCCCCAGCCUCAGUCGGGUCAGAGAAACUACGAGUGUGUGUUCAGCAUCCAGGGCGAGGUGCAGAGUGUGCCAGCGCUGAGGUUCAACAGCUCCUCCAUACAGUGCCAGAAGACGGCUUACCUGUACGAGGGCAAUGACAUCAGCGACCUGCCUGUGGAUCUGUCUGUCGUCUGGAACGGGAACUUCAUCAUCGACAAUCCUCACAAUAUAAAAGCUCACCUGUAUAAAUGCUUCGCCCUGCGGGAGAGCUGUGGCCUGUGUCUGAAGGCAGACCCGCGCUUCGACUGUGGGUGGUGUGUUCAGGACAGGAAGUGCUCUCUGAGGCAGGAGUGCGCCCCGCCCGAGGCCACGUGGAUGCACGCCACCGCAGGGAACAGCCGCUGUGCACACCCCAAGAUCACCAAGCUGCACCCCGAGACCGGGCCUCGACAGGGGGGCACUAUGCUCACCAUCUCUGGGGAGAAUCUGGGUCUCCAGUUCAAAGACAUUCAGAAUGGAGUGCGCAUCGGAAAAGUGACCUGUCAGCCUCAAGAAGACGAGUACAUCAGUGCAGAGCAAAUCGUGUGCAAGCUGAACGAUGCCACAGGAUACCGCGUGCAGGAGGCUCAGGUGGAGGUGUGUGUCAGAGACUGUAACCAUCCAGACUACAAGGCCGUGUCCUCCAGAGCUUUCACGUUUGUGUCCCCGUACUUCACCCGGGUGCAUCCCUCUUCUGGGCCUCUCUCAGGCGGCACCAGGAUCACCAUUGAGGGCAGCCAUCUUAACUCGGGCAGCGCCGUCUACGUCAAGAUCGGACUCCACUCCUGCAACUUUGAGAGACGUGGACCAAGGGAGAUCGUGUGUGUGACUCCGGGGGGACAGGCUCCUGGACUCACUCCCGUCAUGGUCGACAUAAACGCGGCCGAGCUCCGAAAUCCAGAGGUCAAGUUCAACUACACCGAAGACCCCACCAUUCUGAAGAUAGAACCGGACUGGAGCAUCGCCAGUGGCGGUACCAUGGUAACGGUCACUGGGACAAACUUGGCGACGAUCAAAGAGCCGAAGAUGAGGGCGAAGUACGGAUCAGCUCAGUCUGAAAACAACUGCACGGUGCUGAACAACACGGUGAUGCUGUGUCUAGCGCCCUCUGUGGCCGGGGGUGACAGAAGCUUCUCAGAGACCGGGUCGAGUCCAGACGAGGUCGGGUUCAUUAUGGACCAUGUCCGCCCUCUGCUGGUGAUCAAUGAGAGCUUCACCUACCACCCCGACCCUGUGUUUGAACAACUCAGUCCUACAGGGCUCCUGGAGCUAAAGCCAAGCUCUCCACUUAUACUAAAGGGCCGUAACCUGAUCCCUCUGGCUCCAGGAAACUCUAAACUCAACUACACCGUCCUGAUCGGAGAUACUCCCUGUAUUUUAACUCUGUCUGAGAGUCAACUCCUGUGUGAAUGGCCCAACCUCACCGGGGAGCAUAAAGUCACCAUCCGAGUGGGGGGCUUCGUGUAUUCACCAGGCACUCUCCAGAUCUAUUCCGACUCCGUCCUCACUCUUCCGGCCAUCAUUGGGAUCGGGGGAGGAGGAGGCCUUCUGCUCCUCGUCAUCAUCAUCGUGCUCAUUGCGUACAAACGGAAGUCUAGGGACGCCGACCGCACGCUCAAGAGGCUGCAGCUCCAGAUGGACAACCUAGAGUCCAGAGUCGCGCUGGAGUGUAAAGAAGCCUUCGCAGAGCUGCAGACAGACAUCCAUGAGUUGACUCAGGAGUUGGAUGGAGCCGGUAUUCCGUUCUUGGACUAUCGGACCUACGCCAUGAGGGUCCUGUUCCCGGGGAUCGAGGACCACCCGGUGCUCAAGGAGAUGGAGGUGCCGGCGAACGUGGAGAAGUCUUUGACCCUAUUCGGACAGCUACUGACCAAGAAGCACUUCCUGUUGACCUUUAUCCGCACUCUGGAGGGUCAAAGGUCAUUUUCGAUGCGAGACCGAGGGAACGUGGCGUCUCUGAUCAUGACCGCCCUGCAGGGGGAGAUGGAGUACGCCACCGGGGUCCUAAAACAGCUGCUCUCUGAUCUGAUCGACAAGAAUCUAGAGAGCAAGAACCACCCCAAACUACUGCUCAGGAGAACUGAGUCUGUGGCCGAGAAGAUGUUGACGAACUGGUUCACCUUCCUCCUGUACAAGUUCCUCAAGGAGUGUGCUGGAGAGCCCCUGUUCAUGCUCUACUGUGCCAUGAAGCAGCAGAUGGAGAAGGGACCCAUCGACGCCAUCACUGGUGAAGCGCGGUACUCCCUCAGCGAAGACAAGCUGAUCAGACAGCAGAUCGACUACAAGACCCUGACGCUGCAUUGUGUGAACCCAGAGAACGAAAAUGCUCCAGAGGUCCUGGUGAAGACGUUAAACUGUGACACAGUGACUCAAGUUAAAGAAAAAAUCCUGGACGCGGUUUACAAAGGAACGCCAUAUUCCCAAAGACCCAAGGCGGCAGACAUGGACCUGGAGUGGAGACAGGGCAGAAUGGCUCGGAUCAUUCUCCAGGACGAAGACGUGACGACGAAGAUCGACAAUGACUGGAAGAGACUGAACAGUCUCGCGCACUACCAGGUGACAGACAGCUCUGUGAUCGCUCUGGUGCCCAAACAGAACUCUGCCUACAACAUCUCCAACUCCUCCACCUUCACCAAGAGCCUCAGCAGAUACGAGAGCAUGCUACGUACAGCCAGCAGCCCCGACAGUCUCCGCUCCCGAACCCCCAUGAUCACACCUGACCUCGAGAGCGGAACUAAACUCUGGCACCUCGUCAAGAACCACGACCACUCGGACCAGAGAGAAGGAGACCGAGGGAGCAAGAUGGUGUCUGAGAUCUACCUCACCAGACUGCUGGCCACGAAGGGCACGCUGCAGAAGUUUGUGGAUGAUCUGUUUGAGACGAUCUUCAGCACGGCUCAUCGCGGCUCCGCUCUGCCUCUGGCCAUUAAAUACAUGUUUGACUUUCUGGACGAACAGGCCGAUAAACACUGCAUCUCCGACCCCGACGUCCGACACACCUGGAAGAGCAACUGCCUGCCUCUCCGCUUCUGGGUGAACGUCAUCAAGAAUCCUCAGUUUGUGUUUGACAUUCACAAAAGCUCCAUCACAGACGCCUGUCUGUCUGUGGUGGCGCAAACCUUCAUGGACUCGUGCUCCACGUCUGAGCACAAACUGGGCAAAGACUCGCCCUCCAACAAGCUCCUGUACGCCAAGGACAUCCCCAACUACAAGAACUGGGUCGAGAGGUACUACGCAGACAUCUCGCGGCUGCCUGUGAUCUCUGACCAGGACAUGAGUGCGUACCUCGCAGAACAGUCACGACUCCACAUGAACCAGUUCAACAGUAUGUCUGCCCUGCACGAGAUCUACUCCUACAUCACCAAGUACAAGGACGAGAUUCUGUCGGCUUUGGAGCGUGACGAGCAGGCGAGGAGACAGAGACUGCGCAGCAAACUGGAGCAGGUCAUCGACACUAUGGCCCUGGCCAGUUGAGGGCGCUCUUCUGUCCUCACAUGUGUUUUUAAUGGACGACUUUAAACCUAAAAAAACUCUUAAAAACUACCACCUCCCCAAAGCGACGCAAAACUGGACUCAACUGCCAAGGACAGUACUCAUUUGGGAGGAAAAUCUCUCGGGAAUUUAGAGACUUGAAAUUCCAGAGUUUGGGAUAAAAUUCUUGGAUGUUGUGGUUUGAAUUUUUGGAGUUUUCCCGUUUUCAUGAAGUCACUCUGGACUCGGAAUGUCACAGACUAAACUGACCAAUCAGUGAAGAGAAUCUGGUCCAUGUGACAUUGUUUCCUGGAAGAAUUUUGUUUGUUUUUUUCAGAUUUUGUACAAACUGUAAAAACUCUGAUACUGCCCUCUCCUCUCACUACUCAUAACUGCAGAGUUUGCACAGCUUAAACUAAGGAUGGAAACGGUAUAAAUACGACAGUUUUUAAAGCAAAGUGGACUUUCAUUUUAAGAACCAACAAAUAAAUGAAUUUUUCAAAGAGGUUUCGUAAAACGGUGAAAAAACUUGUAUCGUGCCAUGAUUUUUUGAAUGUUGUUUGGUGCAAAGGUGUUUCGUUUUGAUGGAAUGUGCAAGAUUUGACUGAACAGGAGAAUUUUCUUAUUUAAAAAAAAAAAGAGGCAGGAACUUUCGAGGUGCAAUCGUUUUUCAGGGACACCAAAAAUCCACGCGCCAUGGUUGUUGUUGCUUUAUUAGCGUUAGCCACGUUAGCAUAGGAAAUACACGCUUUAUUUGUUUUUGGCUGUAAUCAUGGUACUUUUUCUUAACA